AUGUCUUAUAUUAUACUCAAACGUCAAGAAGACUUUCGCCAAAUAGGUUCUCGUGAAAAAUGGUUGACUUCGUACGACUACAUCAUAGUAGGCGCCGGUUCUGCCGGUGCUGUGGUCGCCAACAGACUCUCAAAAUCGGGUGUUGAAGAGACUAUUGUGUCGACUAUGCCUUCAAUGAGUGAUAGCCUCAAGAAUACAGCAAUGGAUUGGAAUUAUACUAUAGUUUCGCAAAAUUAUUCCUGUUUUGGGCUCAAUAAUAGGACUAUGAAUUGGCCCCGGGGUCGGGCACUGGGAGGCACCUCUGCCAUCAACAGAAUGGACUAUGAAUUGGCCCCGGGGUCGGGCACUGGGAGGCACCUCUGCCAUCAACAGAAUGUCAAUGCCGUCCAUUUACGUGGAAAUCCCAAAGACUUUGAUGGAUGGGCCCAUUUGGGCGCCAACGGCUGGAACUGGUCUCAAGUGUUUCCAUACUUUUUAAAGUCAGAAAAUGAAACGGAUCCCUCUUUGGCCACAAAUGGUUACCACUCAACAGCCGGACCCCUGACAGUGUCAACGCCUCCAGUGGUGGAACUCAUGACAAAUCAAUGGGUGAUUGCGUCCAACGUUUCCGGUUAUAAAAUAAUUGAUUUAAAUGGCAAACAAAGGACGGGUACCGGUAUUACACAACGCAAUGUCCGCAAC